UUUCAGUUUCCAUUUAACUUGCAUCUGAGCUCCACCCCCUGCCCUUUUGAAUUUUGCUUCCCUCGCAGCUGCCUGCCAGACUCUGCAGAAGUCUCACCCGACGAGCCAUGGCCGCCUUGCAGUCUCCAGGGAGCCCCAGUCUAGGACUGAACUGCGUGCUGAUCCUGAUCUUUACGGUCCUUCUGCAGUCUGUCUCUGUGGCUGUGACUUACUUGUAUUUCAACAAUGAACUGAAACAGGUGCAGGAGAAGUUGUCCAAAAGCGGCAUUGCUUGCUUAUUAAAGGAAGAUGAUGGUUCCUGGGACCCCUAUGAUGACGACAAUAUAAACAACCCCUGCUGGCAUGUGAAGUGGCAACUACGUCAGUUAGUGCGAAAGAUGGUUUUGAGAACCUAUGAGGAAACCAUGCCUACAGUUCCAGAACGUCAACAGAUCGGUCCUCCACAAGUAAGAAGAGAACUUCAGAGAGGAGCGGCUCACAUAACAGGGGGCAAACAGAGAAGAAACACACCCCCAGUGCCAAACUCCAAGAAUGAAAAUGUUUUUGGCCAUAAAAUAACCUCCUGGGAGUCAUCAAGAAAAGGACAUUCAUUUUUGAAUAAUAUGCACCUGAGGAAUGGAGAGCUAGUCAUCCAUCAAACGGGGUUUUAUUAUAUUUAUUCCCAAACAUACUUUCGAUUUCAGGAACCUGAGGAUGUUUCAACAGUAGGGAACAGAAGGAAAAACAAACAAAUGGUACAAUAUAUUUACAAAUUCACAACGUACAAUGACCCUAUACUGCUGAUGAAAAGUGCCAGAAAUAGUUGUUGGUCUAAAGAUUCAGAAUAUGGACUCUAUUCCAUUUAUCAAGGUGGAAUAUUUGAACUUAAGGAAAAUGACAAAAUUUUUGUAUCUGUAACUAAUGAAGACUUGAUGGACAUGGACCAAGAAGCCAGUUUUUUCGGGGCGUUUUUAAUCGGCUAGAUGAUCUGCAAGGGACAAUCAACAAUAGUGCUGUGAAAGUAACCUUUCGCUUCGGGAUGGUAUUCCAUGACAUCUGACAAAGUAAGGCAGCUUGAGCAAGGCAGCUAUAAUGAAAAGCUCUUCAACAUGAGUUUUUAAUGUCUCUGAAAAGUGACCAUCUUAUUACCAAAGAACAAUGAAAGUGCUAAAAGAUCUUUCAGUGUUCUACCUGAUACCAGUUUGCUAACAGAAAUCCAGAAGAUCCUCAGUUUUCAAACAUGUGUAGCAAUUAACAUUUGUCUUUACCAUCUGCUCUUGAGAAGAUCCUGGAAGGGCAGUGAUCUUAGAUUCUCUUAUAUCCAUCACCUUAAGAAUUGUGCUGUAAGAAGCAACAACCUUUCCUCUUCCUCCCCGCCAUCCACGCCCCCGCCCCCAACAGCUACAAAGCCACCAUGCAUGAAUGCAUCUCCAUCCACAUUGGCUAGGCAUCAGCAAUGCCUUGUGAGGGCUCUACUAUGUAGAACAUGGUGUCCAGCCCGAUGACCAGAUGCCAAAUGACCAUCAUGGGGUGGGAGCGAGAUGACUCUUUGAAUACUGUCAGUGAGAGGCACUAUCAAGCAUAAGUCCAGGGGAGUGUUUGUAAACCUAGAACCCACAGUCAUUGAUGAAGUUCCAGCUGGUACCUACUGCCAGAUAUUCUACCUUGAGCGGCUCAUCACAAGCAAAGGAGAUGAUCCCAGUAAACACCUGCAAGCACUACACCAUUGGCAAGUAGCUUAUCAACCUCAUCUUGUAACAAAUUCAGCAACUGGCUGGCCCGUGCACAGUUUUCAGGGCUUCUUGUUUUCCCACAGCUUGUUGGGAGAACUGGUUCUGGGUUCCCCUCCCUGCUGAUAGAAAAUCUUCUCGAUUAUGACAAGAAGUUCAAGCUGGAGUUCUCCAUUAGCCAGACCCCCAGGCUUCCACAGCUGUAGUUGAGCCCUACAAUUUCAUCCACACCGCCCUGGAGCACUCUUUGCAUUCAUGGUUGAUAAUGAGGGCAUCUACGACACCUGUCAUAGAAACCUAAAGAUUGAAUGACCUACGUGAGCCAACCCGAAUAGGUUAAUAGAUCAAACUGUGUUCUCCACCACUGCUUCCUGCAGAUUUGAUGGAGCUCUGAAUGCUCAUCUGAACAAAUUCCAGCCCAGCUUGGUGCCCCAUCCCCAUCCCCACUUCCCUCUGGCCACAUAUGCCCAUCAUCUCCGCUGAGAAAGCCUACCAUGAACAGCUUUCUGUAGUAGAGAUCUCCAAUGCGUGCUUUGAGCUAGCAAACCAGAUGGUGAAAUGUGACCCUCACCAUGGUAAAUACAUGGCUUGCUGCCUGUUCUACUGUGGUGACAUGGUUUCCAAAGAUGUCAAUGGUGCCAUUGCCACCAUCAAGACCAAGUGCAGCAUCCAGUUUGUGGACUGGUGACCCACUGGCUUCAAAGUUGGUAUUAAUUAUCAGCCUCCCACUGUGGUGUCUGGUGGAGACCUGUCCAAAGUACAGCAAGCUGUGUGCAUGUUGAGCAACACUUCAGUUAUUGCUGAGGCCUGGGCUUGCCUGGACUACAAGUUUGGCCUGACGUACGCCAAGUGUGCCUUUGUCCACUAGUACGUAGGUGAGGGCAUGGAGGAAGGACAGUUUUCUGAGGCCCGUGAGCAUAUGGCUGCCUUUGGAACAAUAUGAGGAUGCUGGUGUGAAUUUUGCCAAAGAAGAGGGUAAGGAAGGAGAGGAAUGCUACAGUUAAAGUGUCACAACAAUGCUGCUUUUACAGGGAUACUUAUUCUGUGUUAAACAUCAAAGGCUGUGGUCUGAUCAGUUCAUUUGAAUGUAGCAGUGUGUAUUUAUAUACAAUUACUGCCCUGUGCUUUACAACUCGAUGCUUUGUUACUGUUACAGAACCAACCUGUUCAUUUCCCUGAUGGGUUUGAGAAAAGUCCCCCCAGUCUUAAACUAAAAAAAAAGUAAAAAGAAAGAGUAACAGGUUGCCAUAAGGGAUGACACUUGUAAAGUUGGAAGACACGGGCCCUGCUUAAAGGUCAUGGUCUUGGGAGGUAAUCCUCUGUCAACACGUGCAACGUGCAAAGGGGGCUUGCCUUGCACAGUACUUUGCAAGAGUUGUCUCAUGCAUAUGAGUUUGGUUGAAAUAAGAAAACUCCAGUCAAAAUACUAGCAUUAUUCAUGAAAUUAUGUUUGUGAAUGGCUUGUGCUACUGAAAGUCAAGCUGGCCAAAAGCACUGAAGGUGUGUUUGAUAAAGGACUCUACAAUGACUAACCUGCUAAUCAAAAUCCAGGGAAUUUGGUUUCCUGUGAGGAGGAGAAAUGGGAAAGCAGAUUUGACAAAGGUAAGUCAGCAGAAAGGAGCCAAAUCAAGAAGCACACUGACUCACCCACUGCCAAGUGUCGGUAUCUAAUACAUACCCAAUUAAGGUCGUAUCGUUUAUUUACCCCUUCCAGAAAAACAGCAAUUAGUUUUAUCUUCCAAAAUCAUGACACAAAACAUUUUAUCUCACCAUUUAAUCUAAGUAGUUGGGAAAAAUUUAGUUGAGAUAUUUGUCUAAUUUCUUGUAAUUAUUACUCCUAAACAUAGCACAAUAUCUACUUUUUCAGUAUAUGCUCAUAUUUUCAUUGAAAUGUGUCCUGAUCAAGCUGGUAUUUUUCAAAAAGGCUCAUUUAUAUUUAAAUUUACAACAUGUCAGAGACACCUGGCACUUCUGAUCCUCCUCACUCUAUUUUUUCCAUAACACUAAUCAAAUUCUUACAUACAAACAAAUGGACUUAUUUGUAUGAUUUUUAAAGCUUGUUUCUCUAUAAAUGGGAACAUUUAGUGCUGUUUACAUGUAUAUCUGCUGUACAUAUAUGAAAGUGAAUGAUUUGCUGAAUGAGUGCAUGAAUGAGUGUGUGAGUGAAUGAAUGAGUGCGUGAAUGAAUGAAUGAGUGUGUGAAUGAGUGUGUGAAUGAAUGAAUGAGUGCCCAAUGACAUAGAAAGAGCUAGAGAAUACCAAAAGUAAUCUCAAAUAGAGAAGACCUUUUAAACCAAAAUUUAAAACCCAAAUAAAAAGAGUAAAAUGUCUUAUGAUAAAUAACUUAGGGAUCUAAGACCAAAUUGAUUUUUACUCUGUAUUUUUGUACUACAUUUUUUAAAUGUUACUUUUUAAUAAAAAUUGUUCUAUGUUGAA